AUGCCGAUUAUCAACGGCCAGAAGAUGGCCUGCGCGCCAUGCAUUCGUGGCCAUCGCUCGACAAAAUGCAACCACUUCUACGAGCGGGUGAUGGUUCCAGUCCGGAAACCCGGCCGCCCGCUCAGUACUUGCCCCUGCCCCCCCGGCCGACCAUGCUCAUGCGGUGGAGUUCGCGUAGCUAUUCCGAAGCAUCAGAAGUGCGGGUGCCCGACCGGAUCGGAAGAGACCGAGGAGCAUGAGAAGGAACAUUUCCCGAGUGAGGCUCCCUUAUCCCCGUCGAAGCCUUCAUUUCGAGCUGGGAAAUCGAAUGGCGUCUCCAAAGCGAGCAGCCGGAAGCAGUCGUUCGAUCCCGCCAAUUUGGAGAGGAUGGACCCGAGAUCAAUCAAUUUGAUUACUGCUACAAACGGCAACGGGAUCCCAAACGGGGCCAUCAAUGGGCACGGUAACGGAAUCCCGCUCGCGACUAGUCCGAUCCUCCAAGCUUCACAUUCCGACCUGGCCGGAUUCGGCUCAAGCAUUCGGGUCGUACCGGCUGGUCCCAGCAGCGCAUUUGCAUCCCCUAACCCAAACUUCGUCUCACCAAUGCCGUACAACAUGGGUUUCCAGUACGGCCAACCGGGCCCGCCUCCACACGGCAUCAAACUAGAAGAUGGACUCUACCCUGCCCCCAAUGGUGGCUUUGCCGCGGCAAUACCGGCCACCUCUUUCCUCAACGGAAACCAAACCGCGCAUGUUCUGGGCAACGGCGGCCAGACAGCAAUCUCCAUUCCGAAGGCCAACGGCAACUCUACAAAUGGCGGAAGCUGUUGUGGCGGAAAGGCACCGAAACCGGCUCCAGCAGCAACUUCGCCUCCUCCUCCGGCCUUAGUCCCACAUGGAGUUCCUGUAUCUCAGCCCGGAUAUGUACAUCAAUUUCCUCCGCAGCCACGGACCACAUCUCCGGUGGUAAACAGCUGUUGUGCGAAUAAGGCCCAGCCGCCCGCCCCACCCGCAAACACCGACGCAACACCGCUUCCAGUCUAUAACCAACCCUACAUGCCGCAAUUUCAAUAUCAAACGGUUUUCAGGUAUCCAGGGGAUUAUGGAUCUUGGCAACACCCCAUCGACCCUGUCAUCUGGCAACAGGUCGCGUCACAGACGAAUGCGCCCGUCCACCCGCCCAUGUCCCCCACCACGAACGGCGACAAGAAGGCGGAUGACGGCCCGAGUCAUCAAUGCCACUGCGGGGAGGGAUGCCAGUGUGUCGGCUGCCUGGCGCAUCCUUUCAAUGCCCAGAUGUUCCAGUACGUCAACAACGCCUACAAUGGAAGCACCGGAAACAGUCCUACCGGGGCGGAACAUGCGAAGGGAGCCCCGCAGGGUCCUACCGUGGCGACUGGGCAGGAUUCACCUGCCGAAGCGCCCACUCCGGCGACCAGCGAAGGGUCUCCCGGCCGGGAGGAGCAGUCCCUCUCGACGAUGGACUACUUUUUCGUCAAUUUACCGAUUUCGGGACUCUGCGAGGGUCAAUUGGAGUCGUGCCCAUGCGGAGACAGCUGCGAUUGCCCCGGUUGUUUGGUCCAUAGCAUUCCGCUGAACCAGGGGUAG